UGUUUCCGUGGCCGGCGAUGGACGGUGAGAAUGUUAGUGCGGUGAUGAAAUCGAUGUCGGAGGGUGAGCUGGGCGUGGAAGAGGUUAAAUUAUCAGAACCAAAAACACGGGAUUCCGCCUCGCGUUUAAAACGUACGUUUACAUUACCGCGGAAUCCGUUUCAAAGUGCCAGCAGAAUGUUAAGACGUCGUCCGAAACAGAAUCGUGACCCGAAAGACGGUGGCAGUGCAGCGAGCACCAAAGACAGAAACAAUAUGCAGCAACAUCAGCAGCAAGUAGAGAGCAUACAGCAAAAUAUAGGCCGAUUGCACGGCAGUCAUAGCUAUCCGGAUAGACCGGGUAUGAAGAAGGUGUUCCGUAGACCGUCCUGGAAAAAAUUUAUCAACAAGAUGGUCCAGCACAUGUCGAACGUGGGCACGCAGAAUCAUAAAACGUCUCACAGGGACGAUCUCGGGUCCAGUGCUGGAGACAUAAGGGUGCCUCCACCUCGACCGGCGCAUAUACCGCCUGACAGAGUGCCAGGGGUCAUAGGUUUACGCAAUCACGGUAACACGUGUUUUAUGAACGCUGUAUUGCAGUGCUUAUCGCAUACGGACAUACUCGCGGAAUAUUUCGUGCUGGACCAGUACAAGGUCGACCUGUCCAGGAGAAAUAAAUUGAACUCUAAAAAAUAUGGUACAAAAGGAGAAAUCACGGAACAGUUAGCCCUCCUGUUGAAGGCCAUCUGGAGCUGCCAAUACGAUCCAGAGAUGAGCACGGCGUUCAAGNNNGUCGUCGACAAAUACGGAAGUCAGUAUCGCGGGAACUUGCAGCACGACGCGCAAGAAUUCUUGCUAUGGCUACUAGAUAAAGUGCACGAAGACCUGAACCAAGCUACCAAAAAGAAGUAUAAAAUCAUCAAGAAUUCUUUUGGCAGACCAGAUGACAUCGUCGCGGCGGAAACUCUGGCGAAUCAUGUCCGUUGCAACAAUUCAUUCGUGCACGCGGUGUUCCAAGCCCAGUUUCGGUCUAGUCUGACCUGUCCAAGAUGUCACCGGCAGUCAAACACGUUCGACCCUUUCCUCUGCGUGUCAGUACCUGUCCCGCAAAAUCAUCGACAGAUGAAUCUUUUCGUGAACGUCCUAUAUACGUCGCAACAACCGCGGCAAGUGAAGAUCGGUGUGAGUGUAAAUCAGACGGCCAAUGUAAGAGAACUUAGAGAAAUUCUGGCCAGUGACACCGGAAUCGACGAAAAUCAUAUGUUACUCACAGAAGUUCACGAUGAAGGAUUUCACAGGACAUUUUCUGAUUGCCAACCUUUAUCUGUGAUCACGGAAAACGAUCCACUCUACUGUAUAGAACUGCCACAGCUAAAGGAACCCACCGAGCAAGCAUACAUCCUACUUGUAUGGAUUAAUAUUCUUGUAAAAGGAGAUUUGAGGCAGCGUUUUGGCAGUCCUUACACUAUGCAAGUGUCUAGGGAAACAUCUUAUGAAGACCUACAAAAACUUCUAUUAAAGGAGAUGCAUAGUGUUCUGGCUGAUGAUGUUCUUACUUCCAGUCAGAGUCCAGGACUGUUUAACAUCCGCGUAGCCGACCCUGCAGCUACGCCUAUUCAAGAUGAGCAUCCAUGUAUAGAUCCUUGUGUAGAGCACCCCCUUUAUACAGAACAAAUUGAACAAGCAUUGGCUCUCUGUGCAGAUGACUCUGGCCCUCAACAUGUAAAAUUAAUUUUGGAGUGGGAUGAAGCCACUAAAUGUAAUAUUAUUCAAGAUGACAGUGAUCAAAUUGAAGAGCAUGCUAGUGUGAAGCAACUGAAAACAAAUUCAGAACUUGGAGGAGCUGUCACUCUCGAAGAAUGUUUCGAUCUGUAUACGAGAGCUGAAAUAUUAGGAGCAGAAGAUGCAUGGCACUGUCCAUAUUGCAAUAAGAAACAAGAGGUUGUAAAGAAGUUAGGUCUUUGGUCUUUACCUGAUAUAUUGGUUAUUCAUUUAAAAAGAUUUAGACAACAGUCUAAACAAAGGUCUACGUCUAAAUUAACCAUGUUAGUCGAUUUUCCUUUAUACGGUUUCGAUAUGACUCCGCACCUUGCUCAUAAUGGAGUCCAAACGCAUAAUAACGUGAGUAGUCUAGGUGGUCUAGGCUGGUCACCUUGGAAAAAACCAAGACCUCGUCAACAAAAUAUUCCAAAGUACGACGAAAACGUUUACGAUCUUUAUGCGAUUUGUAAUCACCAUGGACAAGAUUUACAAGGAGGUCAUUACACCGCGUUCUGUCGAAACCCGUAUGACACUCAAUGGUAUUGUUUUGAUGAUACUCGAGUCGAGGCGGUGAAUGAUACCAAUUUAAUAACAAACGCAGCGUACAUGUUGUUUUAUCAGCGAAGAGGGUUGACUAAUAAUUCGGGAAAUUCUUCGGCGGCCUCUACAAGCUCAGCCGGAUCCGGGCUUGAUCAUUGGGUCUCGAAAAUGCCACCUUUUUAUUUCAACAACAAGACUAAUAACAAUGUUACAAACAACAAUCAAAGUAAAUCGCAAGAAGUAUUGUGUCAAGAUAAGAUCGUAGAGGAGAAGAAUAUAACGAAUUUCAAUAGAGGGUGUCGCAAUUAUGCUACUCUGCAACCGAAGAAAAGGAACGUUGCAACAGAAACGGAUAUUGGUCAGAUUGAUCAUUACUCAGACGAUGAAGCACCUUGUAGGAGAGAAUGGGCUUCACCAAAACCUGUUCGAAAAAUGUCGUCCAUUACGUUAAUGCCACAGUCUACGAUAAUUCACAGUGCCAGUAGUGAUCCAGACACAACGAUAAUACACGAGUCGACGUUGUAACACACGAUUUAAGCCAGAUUUAAUCUGGCUUGAGCAACGCUCAAUGUAUAGUGCCUGGAACAUGGUGUGUGAAUGAUCAGAAACAAGUUAGAAUCGAAGAAUACUAAGACAAUUUCUCGCGGAAUUUAAGUCGAAUCGUUUCUUAUCAAAGACUUCACAUAGUUUGUUUAGAAAAAAAUCUAUGAAUCUUUUGCUCCGAAUUUAUACAUAUGAAAAUGCUUUUUUUUUUAUAUUACCUAAGCGUUAACCGAGCAAAGAAUACCAGGAGCCUCUCUAAUUUCUUUGUUUUGAUAUUUAAAAAAAAAUUGCGACAUUAGACGAAUGUUUUUUGAGAAUGCAAGUGAAA